CUCUCCGAAUGCGGGCGCAUGUCAAUCACCGGGCUCUCCUGUGAUGGCUCUUGCCGGUGACGUGCCAGCCAUAUGGGCGCUGGCAUCACAGCCUUAGCUGGUAUCCACAAUGUUGACGAGGCUUUUCAGUGACCCCUCGCUGCUUCCCGACGUGCAGAAAUACUCCGGCUGGGCGGAGGACAGCGACGAUGAGAGCCAAGUCAAAGAUGAUGACCAGGACACACAGGACGAUAUGGAUUCCUCUGAGCUGAGAGGAGACAGCCGGACGCAUUCCGAACACGCUGGGGAAGACGACGAGGACGACGAUGUGGAGGAGGAGGACGACGGAGAGGAUACAGAGGGGGACAGGCCCAAGAAAAGGGGGCCCAAGAAGCGCAAGAUGACCCCGGCCCGCAUCGAGCGCUCCAAGAUGAGGCGGGUAAAGGCCAACGCGAGAGAGCGGACCCGCAUGCACGACCUGAACUCUGCGCUCGACAAUCUGCGUAAAGUGGUGCCAUGCUACUCCAAAACGCAAAAACUGUCCAAAAUCGAGACACUGCGGUUGGCCAAAAACUAUAUCUGGGCCCUGUCGGAGAUAUUGCGCUCUGGGAAAAGGCCCGACCUUGUGAACUACGUCCAGACGCUGUGCAAGGGACUCUCCCAGCCCACGACCAACCUCGUGGCGGGAUGCCUGCAGCUGAACUCCCGUAACUUCCUCACCGAGCAGCAGUGUCAGGACGGGAGCAGGUACGGGUCCGGCUCCUUCUCCAUGCACUCCUACCCGUACCAGUGUGCGCGUCUCUCCAGCCCCCACUGCCAGCCGGGCUCGAACUCGCAUCCCCUGAGGACACAAGGCUACUGCUCAGCUUACGACUCUCUCUACGGUGGGAGUGGUUCCCCGGAGUAUAACAGUCCUGAGUACGAGGGGCCCCUCAGUCCGCCCCUGUGCGUCAAUGGCAACUUUUCCCUGAAGCACCAAGGCUCCGCGUCCCCCGAAAACGAGAAGGGGUACCACUACUCUAUGCAUUACUCCGGCCUGCCUGGCUCCAGACCUACCGGGGCCCACAACCUGGUGUUUGGCUCCUCGGGGACCCGGAGCGGCAUUCACUCUGAAAACGUCCUGCCUUACCACGACAUGCACUUACACCACGAACGGGCCCCUGUGUAUGAUGAACUGAACGCGUUUUUUCACAAUUAA